CGAGGAUGCCGCGUCCGGGUUUCAUUCUAGACUAGAGGGGCACAGAGCCCAGACUCAACUCUGUCCCACCUGCAUGCGGUGGCGACAUGGACGCCAGGAAGCGCGGGACCAGAAGCCGGAGAAGCCGGGACAGCCCGGUGCCCACGCCAUGCGUUCAGACACUGUGCUUCGACCCUCUGGUGCGACACUGCGUGGCCUGUGAGCUCCUCCGCACGCCGGACCCUCCUCGGCACGGUAAGCAAGGCCACGCGCCCGGGACAGCGCUGCAGCCGCAGGAGUCGGUGGGCAUGGGGCCGGGGUCUGACGCGACGCUGCCGCUGCCCGGGCUCCUCUUCGGCGCCCCCGCGCUCCUGGGACUGGUGCUGCUGGUGCUGCUGGUGGCCCUGGUGACCUGGAGGUGGUGGCAGCAGCGCAGGAUGGCCUCCCAGGACAUCCCAGACGGAGUCCAGGAAGAGUCCCUGGACAAUGUCUUCGUGUCCUCCUCAGAAACCAUUCAUGCCUCUGCUCCCAUCUGGCCUACCCCCAAAGAAGAUGCAGACACCACCCUGCCAGGCCAUAGCAUCCCAGUGCCAGCCACGGAACUGGGCUCCACUGAGCUGGUGACCACCAAGACAGCCGGCCCUGAGGAAUAGCAGCCGUGGAGGGAACCGAGGGAGCCCUGUGGAGUUUUUGGACUCUCACCCAAGGGCUUGGAAAAGGAGUUCAGCUCUUCAGGGACGGAGCCCAUUGCCUAGAGGGAACCCAGCAGAACCACAGACACUACAAGUUACAGGCUCCCACCAACAUGAGACUGUUUUUGUGCUAGCCUUUGGCUCAAGAACAUUCCAUUUUUAAGGUUGUUUUUUAAGCUCUUAUGCCUUCAGUGGUUGGGUAGGCUUGAGGGUUGGAUGUUAAUCUCUUCGAAGAGGUAGAGACUGGACACUUGAUCUCUUUCUACAAAAUCUGGGUGGUGGACUGGAGAAAUGGCUCAGCAGUUAAGUUCAUGAACUGUUCUUGUGGAAAUGUCUGGCAGCUCACAACCAUCUGUAACUUCUGUCUUCGAGAGAUCCAAAGCCUCUUGCCUCCAAAGGUACCAGCCUCAUUUGCUCGCACAUGUAUACACACACACACACACACACACACACACACACACACACACACAAUUUAAAAUGUUAAAAACAGGGGCUGGAAAGAUGCCUCAGUGGUUAAGAGUGCUUACUGCUGUUCCAGAGGACCAGAGUUUAAUUCCCAGCAUGCACUUCAGGUGACUCAUUACCGACUUUAACUCUUGCUUCUGGGGAUCAGAUGCCUCUGGACUCCAUGGGCAUCUUCAUUCCCAUGUACAGACCCACACACACACACUUACAAAUUACAAAAUACAGGCUGGGUGUGGUGGCGCACGCCUUUAAUCCUAGCACUGAGGAGGCAGAGGCAGGCAGAUCUCUGUGAGUUGGAGACCAGCCUGGUCUACAGAGCAAGUUCCAGGCUGG